AUGUAUGGGGAUUGCCAAGUAAUGUCAACCAUGGGAGGUGGGAAUGUAGUCAACUCUGAAACCUUGUUUUCCUCGCCAAUUCAAAACCCUAACUUCAACUUCAUGCCUUUCCAGCCUUUCUCUUCCAUUGUUCCGAAAGAAGAAAAUGGGCUUAUGAUUAAAGGAAAGGAGGAAAUGAUGGAUAGUGGGUCUGGGAGUGAACAUGCUGAAGAAAAGUACUCCGAGCAAGAAACCGAAGAACAACAGCAACAACAGCCUCCCAAGAAGAAACGAUAUCAUCGUCACACAGCUCACCAGAUCCAGGAAAUGGAAAAUUUAUUCAAGGAGUGUCCACACCCAGAUGACAAGCAGAGGCAAAAGCUGAGCCUAGAUCUGGGGCUGAAACCACGCCAGGUCAAGUUUUGGUUUCAAAAUCGCCGAACGCAAAUGAAGGCACAACAAGAUCGAGCUGAUAAUGUGAUGCUUAGAGCUGAAAAUGAUAACUUAAAGAAUGAGAAUUACAGGCUUCAAGCUGCACUACGCAACCUUAUAUGCCCUAACUGUGGUGGUGCGGCUAUAAUUGGGGACAUUGCCAUAGAUGAACACCAACUUCGUCUUGAAAACGCCCGACUCCGAGAAGAGUUGGAACGAGUUUGUUGCCUCUCUGGAUACCCUGGGGGCCGACAACUCCAAACGAUGGGACCGGCAGCCCCUCUAAUCGCAGCAUCUCUGGACUUGGACAUGAAUAUCUAUUCAAGGCAUUUCACAGACCCAAUGAUGAGUUCAUGCACUGAUCAUCAUAUGAUUCCCAUGAGCAUUUUGCCACCAGAGCCUUCUCACUUCCCUGAGGGAGGUCUGUUGUUAGAUGACGAGAAGUUGCUUGCAAUGAAGCUCGCUGCUUCGUCUCUUGAAGAACUUGUUAAGAUGUGCACUGCUGGUGAGCCUCUUUGGAUGAAAAACAGUGAGAAUGGAAUGGAAAUGCUUAAUGCUGAAGAACGAGCUCGUUUGUUUCCUUGGCCUAUGAACUUCAAACAGAAUUCAAGUGAUUUAAGAACUGAAGCUACUCGUGAUACUGCUGUGGUCAUAAUGAAUAGCAUUAAUCUUGUGGAUGCCUUCCUUGAUGCUAAUAAGUGGAUGGAAUUGUUUCCUUCUAUUGUGUCUAAAGCAAAAACAGUUCAAGUUAUCUCAGCAGAUCCUUCUGGUCAAGCAAAUGGCUCACUUCAGCUGAUGUAUGCGGAAUUGCAAGUUGUUUCUCCUUUGGUGCCAACUAGAGAAACUCAUUUUCUGCGCUAUUGUCAUCAAAAUGAGGAGGAGGGAAGUUGGGCUAUUGUCGAUUUUCCAAUUGACAGUUUUCAUGGUAGCUUCCAACCAUCCUUUCCGAGGUACAAGAGAUGGCCUUCUGGAUGUCUCAUCCAAGAUAUGCCUAAUGGAUACUCAAGGAUUACAUGGGUAGAACAUGCAGAGAUAGAGGAAAAGCCUGUCCAUCAAAUAUUCAGUCACUAUGCUUAUAGCGGGUUGGCUUUUGGGGCACAUAGAUGGUUGGCUGUUUUACAAAGGCAAUGUGAAAGGGUUGCCAGUCUCAUGGCCAGAAAUAUUUCAGACCUUGGAGUGAUACCUUCUCCUGAGGCAAGAAGGAAUUUAAUGAGACUAGCCCAGAGAAUGAUAAGAACAUUUAGUGUUAACAUGAGCACAUCCGGUGGACAAGCAUGGACAGCUCUGUCUGAUUCCCCAGAUGACACUAUUCGAAUUACCACUAGGAAAGUCUCAGAGGCUGGCCAACCCAAUGGAGUCAUUCUCAGUGCAGUUUCCACCACCUGGCUCCCUUAUUCUCACUACCGUGUCUUUGAGCUCUUAAGAGAUGAACGUCGCAGAGCUCAGCUUGAUGUUUUCUCCAAUGGAACUUCCUUACAAGAGGUGGCUCACAUUGCCAAUGGCUCUCAUCCUGGAAACUGCAUUUCGGUUCUUCGCGUUAAUGUAGCUAGCAACUCAACUCAGAACAUAGAGCUGAUGCUACAAGAGAGCUGCACCGAUCAGUCAGGUAGUCUGGUUGUGUAUGCAACCAUGGACGUGAACGACAUCCAAUUGGCAAUGAGCGGAGAGGACCCGUCCUGCAUUCCCCUCCUUCCUCUAGGGUUCGCCAUUGUCCCAGUUGAGUCCCCUAACAAGAGUACUACUACAACAUCCCCGUCUGACCAAUACAGCCGAAACUCGGGUUGCCUGAUGACUGUGGGACUCCAAGUUGUUGCCAGUCCAAACCCUUCAGCAAAGCUCAACCUCUCCACCGUUACUGCAAUCAACAACCACCUGUGCAACUCGGUUCAGCAGAUCAUCUCAGCUCUCGGCAACACCACAACAGCUACUGAUAAUGGCAACAGUGUUGGAGGUGGUGGUGGUUCUUGCUCCGAGCCAACUGCUGCUAGCUCCAAGUAGUAACAUUAUCUCAUUUAGGGUUUGCAGCUGGAUAACAUUCUUUUUUGUUUUUAGUUGGUGGAGGUGUUUUGGUAAAUAAGAGAAAUCAAGAGGUAUAGGUAUCGGGAAUGGUGGGUAGUUGUGUGUAGGUGUGAGGAAGGCUGUGCAUCAUUACUGCUUGUUUUGCUGUGUGUGUGGUUGAUUGA